CGCAGCAAAGUCAUCGCGCAGGCGCGCCGACGGAAGUCUCCCCCGCAGGAUCAUUUCGCGCCGCGACGCCGAGCGGCAGGCCUCAUCCGCGUCGGCGGCUGCUGGUCCAUGCGGCUUCAACGUCGUCGCGCGGGACGACGACGACGACGACGACGACGGCGACGACGACGGUCCGACGUGGACGCCGCGAGACGUCGGUGACGAGCACGCGCCCCAUUACGAUGACGAGAGUCAUCCGCCGCCAGGGUCUCGCGAGUUAAUCGAGCAGACUGUCGAUCAGGGAUCGCGAGCGAAUGCGACCGCCAACGCGCUGGUCCCGGAAGUGCCGGAAGAUGCUGCGGCAGACCACUCGCGGCUCGCGCGUCGCGACGCUCCAGACGACGAGGGCUCCACGUGAGCGCGGGUGUCAGCGGGGCCAGCCGCAGCUUGGUCGCGCUUUGGCGGCCGCGGAGCAGCGUCUGUGAAGCGUCUGGGAACCGUGAAAAGCCCUCUCACAAGGCGCGCUCGAUCGCCGACGCGCCGCGAUCAGGCAUUGCUCGGCCCAACAGGGAGCAGCAAGAGGAUUGCACUCGCGCUGAUCGCUCGCUGAUCGCGAUACGCGAUCACGCACGUCUGCCUCGCCGCACGCCACCCCGGGCCGGAUCUCUCUCCGCGCGCGGCAGAGAGCAGCGCUGAGAGCGUUUGUUCCGCGCGAGCUCUUCUCCGCUCGGCUAACUUUCACGAACUCAGAGCCGGGCGUUUCAGCGAGAAUCGUUCGUCUGUCUGUCUGUAAGGUGUUAAUCGUGGUGCAGUGUCGGAGCGUCUAGGUGGGAUCGGAGCCGGUUUUCACAGUGCGAGCGAGGAACAGGUUCUUCAAGGAGUUGCCAGAGUCGGAGGUGCCGUGUCCGACGCCUCGCGCUCUCGAGGAUCGCCGCGAGGACCUCGCCCGGCGGAAAUACUGUCGCCGUAAGCAAGUGUGCGCGGGUUACGACGGACGCGGGCGCUUUCGAUGCUUUCGAGUACGCGUCGUGGCCGUCGUGAGUGAGAGUAAAUCGAGGGGAAGAGGCGAGAAAGCGGCGAGAAAACGGUGACAGCGGCAAGGAUCGGUAGUGCAGCGAUCGAGCGAUCGAGGUGUUAAAAAUGCUGUGUCGCUGGCUCGCCGUGUUGGUACUCGCUGCUUUUCUGCUGGUUAUCGAAGCGAUCGCGGUCAGCCAAGGUACGUACACUCGCGAUCAGAGAGUCUUGAGCGGAAGUCUCGUCCACGGGAGUCGCAACGUCAGCGGCGCGCCGACUUUCGAAACGAACGUGCCGCGGAACGUCACCACUGCAGUCGGUCAGACCGCCUUUCUUCACUGCAGAGUUCAUCAGCUGGGCGACAAGGAGGUGUCCUGGAUGCGCAAGCGGGACAUGCAUAUCCUGAGCGCAGGCACUCUCAUGUACACGUCAGACCUGAGGUUCCUAGUGAUCCAUCCGGAGAAGUCGGAAAACUGGACGCUGCAGAUCAAGUCGCCGCAGGAGCGCGACUCCGGCGUGUACGAGUGUCAGGUCAGCACCGAGCCGAAGAUGUCGCUCAACUAUAGCCUCAACGUGGUCGAAGCGCGAGCCAGAAUAAUCGGCCCACCGGAUAUCUACGUGAAGACCGGGAGCCUGUUGACGCUAACGUGUCUCAUGUCACAAGGUCCACAUGAUCUGGGCACAGUCGCCUGGUACCGGGGCAAUCAGGCGGUGGUGACGUCACCGCGAUGGGAGAACGACAUCGACGCCGAGCCGCGCAUCACCGUCGAGACCGAAUGGAGCGACGCGCUCACAUCGAGAUUGAGGAUCACGCAUGCGAAGCCGAGUGACUCCGGAAACUACAGUUGCGUUCCUACGGUGGCGGAGAGAGCGAGCGUCAACGUGCACGUGAUCAAUGGUAAGUCCAUCAGAAAUGCCAUAACCGAUCCACGCGACGAGAUAAUUCGCGCACACGCGUAUCGAUCGCUUAUCAUAUCGAUGCUCCGGUCUUUAUUUAUCACAGUGCAUUAACCCUCUCACGCAUGACACA